AUGGAAGAAUCUACCAUAAUGAAAGAGAAGAGAACCAAGCAGCAAAGGCAUCACCUUUUGCCCCACGUAAUAUCACCUAUAUUGUCUCCAACAACAUUAUUGGAGAUUUCUGAGAGCCCAACUGAGGAAGAAGAAGAGAUGGCUAAUUGCCUCAUAUUCCUUGCCAAAGGUGGCUACAAACCAAAGCUCAACGAAAUAGAGGAAGCGACCACCGCCGUGAACCUUACCGGCCGAGUCACAGAGCCGACAACCACCGCCACCGGCAAGACCGAAAAUAAUGUCCACAAAUGCCGAGAUUGCAAUAUGUCUUUUUCCUCACACAAGGCGCUUGGCGGGCAUCGUGCUAGUUAUAAUAAAAAAUUGAAGCUUUCGAUUCCCCUCGCAUCAAAGGUGUUGAAUGAAUUCCCGUUCACUUCGUCUGUCAUGAUCAAGGUUAAAAGCCACAAAUGUUAUGACUGCAGUAGUGAGUUCAGUUCCGGCCAGGCUCUUGGCGAGCAUAUGCGGAAGCACCGCCAACUGAUUACACCGGAGCAGACGAAGAAAGAGGAUAAUUCUAAGGCAUUUUAUCUGGAUCUUAAUCUUCCACCUCCUUGUGAUGAUUAA